AUGGACGCUAAUAAUCUGUACAUGUGGGCUAAGGCUUUAAAUGUCCUCGGAAAAUUUGAUGUGGCACUGAAGAAAACAGAGGAAGCUAUUGAAGUACAUUGUGCUGAGACAGAAAUAAGCUUAGAAGAUUUAAGAAAAUUAAGAGAUUCGCUUAUUUUGGAAUUGAAUCGUGUGCCAGAGGACCAAAGCCAUAUAGAUGUUGAAUGGCUAUUAGAAACUAAUAUAAGACUGCCACAACAGAUGAAGGAAAAAGUGUUACAAAUCAAAGAAGAGCAUGUAAAGAAGCCACACCGUAGACCCAAGAGACCAGAAAAAGAGGAACCUAAAUUGCCACCGACUGAAGAACUUGAUAAAACCGCAAUGUCUUUUGAAGACUAUUCUAAAUAUAGAACAUGGAGAGACGUACCUCGUUAUGUUCUUGAGCCAAUGGUGAAGAAAAAAAGAACAAAACACAAAAAUACAAUCGAAAAAGAAGAGGAUUACGACUUGGAACCAGUAGAAACAAAAGACAGUGAUUCCGAUUCUGGACAGGCAUCAAUUAGUGAGAAUGAAUGCCCAAAGAAAAUGCCCUUUUCUUAUGAAGCACCAGAAUAUCAGAUAUCUGAGACAGAUACCUUCAGUGACAGUGGUUUUGAAACACUUGAUGACGAGUCUCAAUUCAGAUAUAAUGAAGCAAGUCCUGAUAAUACACCCACAAACAGUGAUCUCGUUGUUUUUGGAUUAACUUUGACGGACGAUUGUAAAGCCAGUUUUCAGACAAAAAGAAAAUCAAAGUCAUUUCAAUACCAAAAUGAAAUGGACAAACAAAAUCUUCUUAGCUACCUUGAGCAGGACAAAAGUAAGUAUAAACGCUGUAGUAUUGAGAUAGAAUCAGCUCACAAAGCAAUUUGUAAAAAUUUAGAUUUGGCAGACGAUGUGAAAGAAAUUAUCAUUUCUGGAAGAUCGAAAUGUGGAAAGGCAUUUUCUGAUGACGAAGUGGUUGUAGAAAUUCUUGGAGUAUCUAAAGCUCAGAGUUCUACCAUUCCCAAAUUGAAAAAAGAUGUUAAAGAAGUGAAAGACAAGGACAUCUUUGGGAAAGUUCUCGGAAGAUUAAAAAGAAAUAGAUAUGGAGAUUUAGAACAUCCCGUGCUUAUCUGCUCUAAAGAUGAAUUUUCAGAUCAUAUGAUGAUACCCCUUUGCAAGACAGUUCCGAAAAUUAAUGUUUCUCAUAAGAAUUGUAAACACAAAUAUCAAGUAGAUUUGUUUUCAUAUGAUACAGAGAGAAGAGUUGUUGAAUUUCAGAAAAAUUUGGAUAUCAGUCAUACACGUAGGCAUUCAUGCUGUUUUUUGGUUGCAAUCCUAAAUUGGAAUGACAUGUAUCCAUUUGGAAUAAUUUUAAGUGUAAUUAACACAAAAGGAGAUAUCAAAUCAGGCCUUGGCAUACUUCAACUCCAAUAUCGCGUGCCUUGUACUAACAGUAAAGAGGCCAGAAAGGCAACCGACUCAAUAUUAGAAAAAAGAGAAAGAGCCCUGGUUGAAGAGAAAGAAUUCAUCAAAGUUUUUACAAUAGAUGAUGGAAAAGAAGGUGCUACAGAAACUUGUUAUAGUGUAAAUCGUUUAGAUUCGGGUCUCUACCGCGUCGGUGUACAUGUAAUAGACCCCACAUCAAUAAUUAAAAAGGGAGAUGUCCUUGACACAGAAGCAAGAAGACGUGGGUCGGACUUCUAUGUAAACAAAGAGAUACGUCCAGUGUUCAUGAUUCCUGAACGACUUAGCAAUGAAUUAUUCAACUUGGAAACUGGUAAAGAGAGAAAAACAUUGAGUGUUUUUUUCGACUUUUGUUUUGACGAAGAGGAAACCAAAUCUCUGAAGUACUCAGACAAUAAUGGACAAGUAAAGAGAUCUAUAGUAAAAUCUGAAAAGCAGUACACCAUAUCUGAUGUUCAAAAUCUCUUAAAGUCAAAGCAUAUGAAAGGUGAUAUUCAUAUAUUACAUAUGAUUUCAAAAAAGCUACGCAAACAAAGGAUUGGAAAUGCGGCAUAUUACACAGAAGUGAAUGAUAUGUUUCCGUAUGAGAAAAAUAAUUUUAUUGAAUGUAUAGAUGCAUAUUUGUUAGUGCAAGAGCUAAAUAUUUUUACUAAUCAAACUGUUGCAAAGUUUCUUUUCGCAAAAUAUCCCAGAUGUGUACCUUGCAAGUGUCAUGUCUGCCCAUCUGAAAAACUACUCUGGAGAUGGAAAAAUGCUCACGAUGAGCACAUCGAUAACAUUUUAUUUCAUCUACAGGAUUGUAAAAUAGGUACUGGUGCCGUAUGUUCUGUUUUCAACUGCAAUCCGAGCCAAAUGCGAUAUAGGAAUCUUAUACCUGUUCAAAAUAAAGUUUGGGGUGCAUUGAAAGAAUGCGCUAGAUUAAAUCAAUAUGACAAAUUACAAGUUGUUCUUGGUGCUGAUGGAAUCUAUCCACUGCAGAACUUAGCCCUAGAAGAGUGGUUCGCAAUACAGGAAGCAGCUGAAUACAAAUGCUUAAUUUCUAAGCAGCAAGAGUCACUUCAUUUUGAUUUGCGUGUCCCCAUCUUCACAACUUUUACCGCUCCGCUCAGUCGCUUUAUAGAUCUUGUUGUUCAUAGAAUGGUACAUGCAGCACUUGACAAUUUGACAGAGCCCCCCUAUAGUGAAAAUGAAAUUCGAAAAAUCUGUUUGGAGAUGAACCAAACAGAUCGCAUCAGAAAGCAGUUCAAAAAAAGUUGUAUGAAGUUAUUGUUUGCCCAUUCAUUAAGUAAUGAUCCCCGUGUUUUCAAUGGCUUCAUUCAAAAUGUCACAAAUAAUGACAUUGUGUUAACUUUUCCUACAUUACGUAAAUUGAGCAGAACAAGCAAGCUGUUACCAAUUAACUUAUUACAUUCAAAGCAGAAACCUAAAUUUGAUAAAGGAAACAAUUCUGAUAGGUAUUUUAUGACUAUCAAAUGGCAAAACCGGAUAUAUUCGUUGAAGACGAGAACAAAAAAUCCACCAAAGGAGAAUAUUUAUCUCAGAAUAAAUCCGCAUCAACAUGUCCAAUUUCGUCAGCUUAAACAGUGGGUAAAUAUAAUGCAAGCACUUUUUAAUGGAAAAGCAAAAGAUAUUAACUCACUAAUGUCAGCUGAGGAUCAACCAAUUUCAAAUAAACAAGUACGAGCAUCAUGGGACACAGUAAAUGAUGUAAGUUCAGAAGUUCGCGGUGGAUAUUUUGCUGACCAAAUGUGCAACUACAGCCUGUCAUUCAAUUAUGGCCAACUUGUUGCAAUUCAGAUGUGUGCGGAGCCAGAGAGAGGCAUAAUAUCUCCUAUGCCACAACUGUUCGACAUAACACCGAAUGUAAAAAUCUGUUUACAACAUGCUAGAGAUCCUCUUGGUACUUUGUCCUCAAUAGCAACGAAAUCAACAAAAGAAAAGUACUCUUCAUGUAGCGAAUACAUCGAAAUUUGGAUGCCUAUAUUCUCCAUGGAAGUUGCAAUUCAAACAACAGAUGAUGAUUCUAUAACAAUAACUGAUUUGCCAAUCACUUUUCGUCUAAGAGGCGGAGGAUUUUCUCUUAAACAGUCUUUUCUUGAAAAACGUGACAUUCAUUUCACUGCACAUUCGACAGAUCUAUUAAAUACAGAUGAGGAUGUAAAAAAAGAAAAUGAAGACAAAGAACGUUUUUAUAUGCCUGGAUCUGAUUUUCUCUGUAUAAGGUGUCCUUUGGAACCAUUAAGCGAUGUUGUAAGUAAUUUUGGCAAAGGUGCUAUUUCCCCGGAGAAAAGGUAUUGGGUAGGCCAUGCUCAAGUAAACGAUGUGCAGUUUUUAACGAAGAAAAACGAGAAGAAAGUCUGUGUGACGUUUGUUUGUCACCAAAGAACCCCUCCAAUUCCCCAGGAAAUUCUAAAUAAGAAGAGGGAUUGUAGUUUGGAAAUAUUACGUAAAGCAGAUGUCAGCAGGCGGACAGAGUUGUACGUAAAAUGGUUGGAAAGAGCUUCUGAACUUGCUAAAGCUAUUGCACUGAGAGGACCACUUCCUGUACUUGAUAAAAUUCACAAAGAUUUUGGAGAUCACAUGCUGGACCUUGAAAUUCAAAAAAUUGGAAUAAUAUUCAACAGGAACCAACAAAAAGCCAUCAAAAAUGCACUCGCUUCAAGCUUUUCCUUGAUCCAGGGCCCACCAGGUACCGGAAAAACAGUAACUGGAGUUGCGCUGAUAAAUCUCUUCAGCUCCAUUAAUCGUCGUUAUUUUGAAAUGAAGGGAGGUAAAAAAGACUACGUUGUAUUUUGCGGUCCGUCCAAUAAAUCUGUUGAUUUAGUUACAGUUUACUUAAAAAGAAUUAGUCCUCCAGAAUUAAAUAUUCUUCGAAUGUACGGUAAUUCUUUAGAGUGCAAAGAAUUUCCAAUGCCGGGCAAGGUGUUUUCAAAAAGAAAGAACGAGUCUGCACCAGAUGAAUCUCUUCACGAUGUUUCUUUACAUCAUCUAAUUCGAAAAUCCGGGAAUAAAUAUGCCGAAAAGAUAAGAGAUUUUGAUAGGAAAUUCAAACUAGAAAAGAAAAUAGAUUAUCAAGACAUUAAGGAAUACAAAAAAUACAUAUUCAAAGCCGUACAGGACGAAAUACCCAAAUAUGAUGUCAUUUUGUGCACAACUGCAGUUGCCACAAGUUCACGAUUUCUGGAAGCCACGGCCAAAUCAAUUUACCAGCUCUUGAUUGAUGAAGCAGGUAUGUGUACAGAACCGGAAUGUUUGGCAGCAAUUGUAGCGACACAAGCAAAGCAAGUCGUUUUGAUAGGUGACCAUAAACAGCUUCAACCAAUUGUAACGUGUCAGGAAGCUGCUGCCUUGGGACUUCAAAAGUCAAUGUUUGAGCGCUAUGCCGAAUCACAAGCCUCAAAAAAAGUACUUACACUUCUAACCGAUCAGUUCAGAAUGCAUCCAAGUCUAUGUAGCUUCCCAUCCAAGGCAUUUUACGACGAAAAGCUUAUAACAAACGAUCCUCAAAAAUGGAAGAUGUUACAACCUCUAAGUUUGUGGCGGGAUUCGGAGAAUCCCUUAGUUUUCUGUCAUAUGGAAGGUCAAGAGGAUUAUCUUUCAAACAUGUCUGAAGAGGGCAAUGAGAUGUCUAAAUUUAAUGAUGCAGAAAUUGAUCAAGUGGAAAAAGUAUAUCUGCAUUUGGUGAAAAAAGAAGGGAUAAGUGCAAAAAAUAUCAACAUCAUGUCACAGUACAAUGCACAGUGCAGUAAAAUCAAAGAGAGGCUUAAAAGAUAUGCUCCUCAUGUCAAUACAGUUGUGGCAAGUCAAGGUGGAGAAUGGGACUAUGUUAUAUUUAGUCUCGUUAGGUCCUUACCAGACUAUAGAAUCGAACCUCAUCCAACGAUUGGAUGGUGUACGGAAAACCUGGGCUUUAUCACAGAUGAGCAUCAGAUAAACGUUGCACUAACUCGAGCAAGAAAAGGACUGAUAAUGAUAGGAAACAAGAAGCUUUUGCAAUGUGAUGCCAUUUUCAAAAGAUUAUUGGAUGAAUAUGCCGAUAAUAAGUGUAUAGAGGAUGCUGAGAAUUUUCCUCCGAAAAAGAAAAAGGAGCAACAAAAGGCUUGGGUUCCUUAACCGUGUUGAUUAAAAAAUAACUACAAAACGUUUUCAUAUUUUGAUUUGUUAAAAAAACCAAUACCAUUGGCGUGAUUAUAUAUGUAAAUUGCGUUUUGCUAUCAACUUUAUUCAUCUAUACAUUAUAUAUUUGUAUAUGGAUGUGGGUGGAAAGUGUGAUCAUUGUAUUACUGAGUAUUUCAAUAUCAUUGGGAUAUCUAACUUGACACAAAUCUCAGGUUUUGAAACCUCAUCCUAAAGAACAGCAAUUUUCUCUUCAAAAUGCCGAGUUUUCAUAGAACUUUGAUUUAUAGUAUUAAUGUUUUGUAUGUUUCGAAUCAUCUGUAAGUUAAAACAUUUUUGUCUGACAAAGGUCCACACACACUGAAAAUAACCAGAAAAACCGCCAGAAAGCAGCAUUGGGCUGUGUGUGAUAAAGUUCCAAUAUCACUUUUUUAAAAAUUAGCGCCAUCUUUUAAAAUUUUUCUU